AUGGCCUCUCUCGAAGAUUUGACUCUCACUUUCAAACCAAUUCCUCUCUCCGAACUUAACAAGGGAGAGAAAUACAAACCUUCUUCUAUUAUUGAGUCUCAAUCGAAUGGAUCGUCCGUUUCAUCAUCAAAAUUUGAAAAUUUCGAUUGGUCAAAAUCUCAUUUACCUCCUCCAUUGUCUGGACAUGCUUGUUGUGCAAUUGUAUUGGACGAGAAAAAUCAAGAGGAUGUCAUUGAAAAUUAUAAUGAAUUAAUUAUCAUGGGAGGAAUUAGUGUUGGAUUUAAAAGAGUAAACACGAUAUGGAUAUUCUCUCCGAAAACACUUCAAAUUAGAAAGUACGAAUUUCCAGAUCCAAUUCAAAUUAUGGAAUUUUCACAAACGGAUGACAAGUCCAUCAAUAAUUCUCAAAGCACGAACAAGAAACACUAUCUCACUCUCUUUCAUUCAUAUCUAACGAAUUUAAUUAAUAAUAUUUCUGCUGCGGACUUGUCUCAUCUGUCGAAUUCUGAGAGCUACCUUUCUUCGUCACUAAAAUUAUUUCCUAAUUUAAAGAAAAAGAAAUCUUCUUCGAGAUCCAACGAUAAUCUGGACAUUUCAAGUGGUAGCAGUAGUGGAAACUCACAAAAUGUAGUGAUGAUCUCAGAAAAUUCUAAAGUGGAAUCAUUAUCCACAUUCGAUAUUCAUUACAAAAAUUAUCAAAACAAAUUAUUGGAAUAUUUGAAGAAAAUUGCUUCUAAUACGUUUGAAGAAAUGCAGAAUUUGAGCAAAAUGAAAAUUCCAUUCACCUCAUUCACAUCUCUCUUAUCGCAACAAUAUGUUUCAAGAUCUGUCAUUUACAAUUUUCCAAUACCGAGAGAACGUCACUGCAUGUGUUUAAUUCCAAAAAAGCAAUCCUCUGAUUCUCGAUUGAUAGUGAUUAUGGGAGGAAUUGCCGAUAAAAAAAUACGUCUCAAUGAUGUAUGGUUUCUAAAUAUUGACACCAUGAUGUGGCAUGAAGGAAGAUUAAAUGGUUACAAUGUCGAAGUGCCUCCUGAAAAUGCUACCGAAUAUUCAUGUAUCAAAAAAGCUCACACUUCCACUUGGAUUUCUCCUUUCGCUUCCAUAGACUCACAUUUUUCAACAAAAGAUGGCUGUGCUAUUAAUUUGGGAAUUAAAAUUCCAACCCCAAGAUAUUAUCAUUCAAUGGUUGCUGUGAAUGAUUCUACAUUAAUACUUUUUGGAGGAUAUGAUGGUGCAAUUCUAAGUGAUUUGUGGCUCUUGAAAAUAUUGGAUCGAAAGAACUUUAUUUUUGAAUGGAAGAAAAUUGAACUUUCAAAACAAGAUUCUGUAAUUCACAAAUUUCCAUGGCCUUCUCCCAGAUAUAACCAUUGGUGUGGCAUGUUAAAAGACAAAAUGUUACUUGUUGGAGGAGUUCUCGAUAAGAAGGUACAAACCAAUGAUGUGUGGUAUUUUGAUAUUGAUUCUUAUCGUUGGAGAUGUUUGUUAGAAGAUAGAGAUGUGACAAAUUCGGAAGAAUAUCCAGAACGUAGAAGUGAUCACAAAUGUGCCAUUUUGGGAAAAUAUUUGUUGCUUACUGGCGGAGUUCACAAAAAGACCUACUUACAUGAUACCUUUGUUUUGGAUUUGGAAAAGUUCACUUGGAGAAAAUAUUCGAAUGUAACUAAUCAUGGUGAAACCACUAAAUUGAUGCCAGGAACUAGCUUUUCUAUUCAGGCACUAAAUCCUACAUCAGCGAUCGUAUUUGGAGGAAUCGUCGAAAAAGAUAAAUUAGUAGCGAGAGCAAACGAUAUUUGGAUGAUUGAGACAAAUCUCAAACUAAAAUCUGACUCUAAUCUCUCAAAGAUUGGUUUCAUCAAUGAAAAACGAAUUGGUUCCAAUUAUUUAAUUGAACGACUAUUGGGUACUGGUGGUCAAGGACAAGUCUUUCUUGUUAAAGAUGAAUCUGUGACAUCAGAAAACAAGUACUAUGCAUUGAAACGAAUGACAAUUAAUUUCUCAGAUGACGUUGGUAGAAACAAAGCCGUUGCUAGUGACAUGGUUUUUAAUGAAAUUUUUAUUGUCCAACAAUUGAAGCAUGAGAACGUGUUGCCAACUUAUUCCUUCUUUUUGGAGAAGAAAAUGGAAGAAUUUUCAAAUUCUAACGAUUUCAUACUGAACUUGAACAUAUUAAUGCCGUAUUGCGAAGCUGGAGAUUUUAGUGCCUUCUUUGCUCGAAGAAGUUAUCAGUGGCAAAAAAUUGGAAUAUUUUGGGAUGAGUGUGACGUUAUUUCAUGGUUGCUGCAAAUUGCAAGAGGUCUUGAAUAUAUUCACUCCAAAAAUAUCAUUCAUAGAGACCUAAAACCAAGUAAUAUUUUUGUCACAUACGACAAUAGUAAGGAAGGCAGCACAACCGAGGACAGCAUGUCUGCAAACACUCCUCAAACACAGAACAUUGUUUUAAAAAUAUCAGAUUUUGGACUGGCCAAGAAUGUCUCAAGUUCUCUUGCAAAAACUACAUGCGGUACAAUGCUUUAUGUUGCUCCUGAAAUCUACAGCGAAGAGACAUAUUCAGAAAAAGUAGAUGUGUGGUCAUUUGGUUGCAUUAUUGCAUUUUGUUUAUUCCAAGCGAAAUUGAGAAUUGAUAUGAAGUUGCCUUCUCAAAAGAAACAAUUAAUUGAACUAUUUCAUCCCAAAUCGAGCAAAUCAACCAACCUUAACGAUAGCAGCAGCUAUUUAAAUGUGGACAAACUUGUAGGAAAGGAAGAAUGGUUACAAUUAACUUUGGAUUGUAUUGAACAAGAGCCCGACAAGAGACCCUCAGCAUCUCAAAUUGUUCAUCGACUCGAAUUAUUGUUGGAGAAGGUGAAAAAAGCGAAUGAGGAAAGGUUGCAAAAAAUUAGAGAACAAGCACAAAGUCCACCACGUAAUGUGUUUUCGUUAGCAGAAAAAGAAACUCCAAAUGUCGUUGACAACCUUGUUGGUUCCAGUAGUACAAGUGAGAAUACAGAUCUACAGAAGACCUCAACCGAUGCAAAAAUGUCUUUAUCAACGUCAACCGCACGAAAUCAAGUUGAGAAUCAAAAGAGUGAAAAUAAUCUUUUCAUUCAUCACGAUGAUCUGCAAGAGCUGUACGAGAAGGAAUUUCGAGAAGUGGAACAACAUUGCAUUUCAUCCGAGUCUGAUGCAAAAUUAUUUCAGCAAGUUUUGGAGCCACUUCACAAACGGGAAUUGUCACAAUCUUUCCAAUCAAACUUUAGCUCUUCAUCAGCAAGCGAUCUUCCAACACCUCACAGUGUUAUUGACAAUUAUCAAGCCAAGGAUAAAGACAACAACGAAGAUGAAGAAAAUUUAUGGAUCGAAUUACAAGCUUUUAUUUUUCAAUUUGAAGAGGAUCAACUCUUAGACGAAAAGGAAGUCGACGUGUUAUGCAUUGCCAUUGAUAAUCUUAAUUCGACAUUGAAACGCUUUUUCAAGGCUGUCAAAAAGAUACCUUGCAGUGAAAGUGAUCACAUUGGAGUGGAAUCUCUCAGAAUGCAAAAGAGUGAAUUUUUAAGGCAAGAAUUGAACACAACCGUGUUGUUAAAGCAAUUGAAAAGAUUUUUGAAAUUGAACGCCAACAAUGAGUGA